ACGCAUUGUUUAUGGACUACAUUACCCAUGAUGCAGCCGGAGAGCAGGGAACCGGAAAGUACAAACGUAAAUGUUGUUGAAGCAAAUCGGAAGAAGUGUUGUAAGUGUACUUUUUUCCCCCCCAUAAAUGAAGAUGGAGUAAUUGGUUUAUGCUAACCUGCUUAGCAUUUAAAAUGUAAAUGUGUUUCAUUGUGCUUUAGUCUUUCAUUUACUUCACUACCGAGAAACACGUGGGAUGCUGUAAGGCUUAGUACUUUUUUUAAAAAAAUACAUAAGAUAAUCAUUUGCGAUCCGCACUGUUGAGAUAUUAUUGCAGUUCCCACCUGAAUAUGUUCGGUAAGAAACCAAAGAGAAACUUCAGGAGGAGGAAAGGAGAUUCGAGCGGAGAAGAUGAGCCUUCACAAGAAGAGCAGGGAGAAGCCACUGACGAGGUGAAGGUCUCGGUUGCUCCCCGGUUACUGAAGCAUCCGCAGAGCCGGGGGAUUUCCUGCACGUCUAAGCGGGAGUCCGGGAGCUCCAGGCCGGAUUCAGUCGCCGGACAAAAUCCGCACACAGAAAAUGUAAGCGAAGAUACGGCUGCGGAAGACGCUGCUGAGAAGAAACUGACGAAAAAUAAAAUCACUCUAUUGAGUUUCGGUGAUGAAAAACAAGUGGACGAAGAUGACUUCAAGGUUAAAAAGCCUGUUGACAAGGCCGUCGUUUUCAAAGCGCGAACAAAAGAGAUCAAUCCUCCCGCUUUUAAUUCACAAGGCCCCAAGGGUCCUGUUUCACAGAGUGACUGUGGGGACGAUAAACCCGAAGGUGAAAAAAUUCAGGAUGGAAGCAACGAUGAUACAAGCUCCCAAAAAUCUAGUUCUUCCAGCUCUUCAGUGUCUGAUCCAGGUGAUAUCCCUGAUGCUCUACAAAUUGAGGCUGCAAGAAGGCAACGUAAACUGGCUAGAGCACGGCAGGACUAUAUUCCUCUGGCCACGAGACACGGGAGCAGUCCAGUGUUAAAAGAUGAAGAGGAGGAAGACAGCGAUGAUGAACCCGAUGACCACCAGCGGAGAAUUCCAUUUGCACCUAAACCGAAGACCCUGAGACAGAGAAUAGCUGAAAAGAUGAGUGAGAGCGGUAGUGAGGAUGAAAGAUCAAAUGGCCAAGAUGAGGAUCAGAAUCUGUGGGUGGAACAGCAAAUUGGAAAAGGAGUGAAGAGACCUCAGAACCCGGAUGGUGAGAUUUCCCGUGAGCCUGUAAAGGAUGUUAAAGUGAAGUUAGAUUUUCCAGUGUCCCUGCCAGUAGUCAAUUUUGAUAUUAUAAAGAAGAGAUUAACUGGAAAGUUAGACUCCCUGAGAGAGGUGCAUCGUGCACAUGAGCAGGAACAGAAGAGAAUCCAGAUGGACAUUGAAAGUGCCAAGACUUCAGUCGAGCAGCUGGAAGGUGCCUCCACAGACCAGCGUUACAAAUUCUAUAAAGAAAUGAAGAUCUAUGUCCAAAACCUGGUGGACUGCCUUACUGAAAAGGUCCUUCUUAUUAAUGAAGUGGAGUCGGCGAUGCAUUUUUUACUGAAGGAACAGGCUGAAUCUCUGUUAAAUCACAGGCGUGAGAAAAUCAGAGAGGAAUCGUCACACAUCCACAAUCUCACUUACGAAACAGACUCAUCCAGUACCGAAAGUAAUAACAUUGGAGACGGAAAGGGAUGCUCUGUGGAGGAAAAGAAAAACAGUACUGAAGGUGACGUCGGAAGUCGCAGCAGGGAGAGUCGUGGCACUGAAGGCGUUCAUUGUGACAGGCUCUCAAGUGAUGAUGAAACACCUGCUGAAACGCAGCCUGAAUUUGAGGCACACUUUGCCAAAAGAAAAGAUGACAUACUAGACAGGCAUCAGAAGAUCUUUGAUGAUGUACAAGAAAACUUCUGUGAUGUUAAAAAAAUACUUUCUAAAUUUGAUGAGUGGAGACGCAGAUUUCCUGACUCGUACUAUAGUGCUUAUAUCGGACUCUGUUUACCAAAACUCUUGGGUCCCUUAGUCAGACAUCAACUCAUUGGAUGGAAUCCCCUCAAGGAUGAUGGGAAGGAUUUUGAAGCAUUUCCUUGGUACUCAGCUGUGGAAACGUUCUGUCAUGGUCAUGGAUAUGAAGAAUCUGAAGCUGCUGACAUUAAAACUCUGCCAUCCAUCUUAGAGAAAACAGUCUUGCCCCAAAUUCAAGGAUUUGUGGAACAGGUCUGGGAUCCUUUGUCAUCGAAACAAACAAAGUGUCUUGUGAAACAUUGUGAGGAAUUACAAGAUGGUUAUUCAGUGUUUAACAGUGAGCAGAGCAAAACUAAAAAGGCUUUUGUAAAUGCUGUUGUCCUGAGAAUGAGAAGUUCAGUUGAUGAAGAUGUAUUCAUUCCUAUUUAUCCAAAAAAAUAUGUUGACGACAGGUGUUCCCCACAGCGUAGGUUUCAGGAUAAACAAUUCUGGUCGGCAGUCAGGCUUCUAGGUAACAUUAUGCUGUGGGAUGGCUUGGUUCCAGAAGAUACUAUAAAAGAAUUGAGUUUAGACAGAGUUUUAAACCGCUACAUUAUGAUAACUUUAAUGAACACAUUACCUGACGCAGAGAAUGUGGAGAAAUGCAAAAAGGUAGCUGCAUGCUUUCCAAGAAGCUGGUUUGAAGAUGCAGAAGCCAGGUCCUCUAUUUCUCAACUCAAAAACUUCAGUAAUCAUUUACUUCAGAUCGUACAUUCACUGUGUAAAAGCAAUCCCGGUGAUGAUAAAAUCAGGGAUAUUGUUGUCAAUAUUUUGAUUCUUCUGAGAAGUAUCAAUGCAUUGGACCAUGUGGCAGCUAUUAUUGAACAGUAUCAGUAUGAAGACCUGAAAACCUCUCUCAACAUACAUUAAAUGGGAGAUAUGCUCAUCCUUUCAGGGUUUUUAAAAAAAAUAAUUUCAGCUGUGAUUUUUGUACCAAGAUGACAGUGUAAUAUACUGAUUCAAAUUUGUAAAUUAAAAUUUUGUAGUAUUUUUAGAUGCUCCUAUAAAAAGGCCUUAUUGUGCUCCUAAGACUCUGUUGUUUAAUAAAAUUCCGAGAUGGGCAGCAUGAAA